CUCCGUCCGCCGCGGUAGGCGGCCGGGCGAGUGUCCGCGUCGCGGUGCCGGGGCUGCCGCGCGCCGCGUCCUAGAACCGGUUCACUUUUCCGAGAUCGAUCGCGCGCUUGUUGCCCAUUCGAACUGCAACCGUCGUCGUCGCGCGCGCACCGCGCACCGCAAUAAUAAACCGUCCAGCAUCGUCGCCGCUUACUUGCGAGUCUGUCGUUGCACGUCUCCAGAGACGUAUACAACUUACUGUUUGUACACGUUUUACUUGUUGAAUAAAUUGUUGUAAUUAAAACGGGAAAAAUAACAAAAUCGCCGCAACCGACGCGACUUGUUUACACAGCGCGUCGUCCGAAACGCGACACGAGCCGCACAAAACGAUCCGGACGCACGCACGCAUAUUCCAUUCAGGCCCCCCGGCCCCCACCACCAGCCACCGACCGACUCAUCAACCGUAAUAAUAAUAAUAAUAAUAAUAAUAAUAAUAUUACAUCGCAUAACUUUGUCGCGCCCGAUUGUCACGCCGACCGACGCGUACCACCGGUUGCGGCCGUCGUCCAACAGCGGUGGCCGGCGCCUGCGCAGUGCACAACACUUAAAACGAAAAAAUCCACCAUCGAUAUUCCGACUGUCAUCUCAUGACAUUGUCUUACGUAUAUGUCUUAUAGCGUACAUUUUCGGGUCGUUAUUUUGUUUCGUAAAAAAAUGUGUACAAGUAUACAUCGUUAUUAUUUUGUACAAUAGUUGUUGAUUUUCGCGUCCGUCCGAUUUUUCGUUUUCCUCCUCUCUGCGCCGCUCCGCGCCGUUCAUAGUACGGCCGCGGUGUACUUCGUGCUCUCCCGACUCUCUCGGCUCGCCGACGACUGCACCGCAGCGGCAUUCACGCACCGCACGUUCGCACACUACGCACACACCACCACUGACCGUACCGCGGGCGCAGCGUGACGUGUUUUUAUCGAAAGUUUUCACCCAUUAAACCGCCAGCGUUUGAUUAUAAUAGUAAUAAUAAUAUGUACGAUAAUAGUAAAAACGAUAACUGAGUAUUAUUAUUAUUAUUAUUUAUUUGUUUUUUUUUUUUUUUUUUUAAUACGCGUUUUUCUGCCUUAUCUCCUCCCGCGUUGUUCGACCGGCGUUAUCUGCACCGCGGGACGAUACCACAGCCGCGACAUGCCGGCCAGCAACAAUAAUGCCACUUACUUGAGAGCUUUUGGCUUAUCGGCCGUAGCAGCGGCGGAAUCGUCGUCGGAACAACUCGACCAGCAUCAGCUCCACCACCACCUGCAGCACCAUGUGGUGGUUGGCGUCGUCGGUGACGGAAGGAGCGAUUGCGGCGGCGGCGAGUUCGACACGUCCGCCGAGGAAGACAGGGCGGCGGCGGACACCAUCGACGAGCUGAACAACCGUCGCGGUGACGUCGUGACGUCGCCGGUCGUGGCCGCUGCGGAGGAGUCGGCGAGCGAUGAGUCGCCGCCGGCGGCCACAACGACCGCGGCGCCGUUGUCGUCCUCAUCACAGCGUUGCGACGGCGCGGCGACCGACGUGGUGACCGCGGCGGUGGACGAAGAAAAUGGCGGCGGGAGCGCGGGCACGCCCAGCAUCGGCUACGGGUCGCCGGCGGUAGAUGGUGCGCCGGUCGGUAGGACGUCGUUCGGGUCGGAGGAGGAGGAGCCCGCCGCCGUCGACCGUUUACAGCAACAACCGGUUCACGGGACGGCAGACGAACGGCCGACCGGCAACGUGUACGUACGCCGCGAUGAUAUGAACUAUCAUCAUCAACACCAUCACCAGCACCAGCACCAGCAGCACGACAGUCCGCCGCAGCUACACGUAAGCACCAGUGCGACGACUACGACAACGUCGACGACCGGUGUCAACAACAACAGUAACAGUAACAGUAGUGGACCGUCGCCGAACAGCCGUUACGACAAUAUGUUGGUUGCACAGACUUAUCAACAGGCCAAGUACGGCAGUGGCCGGGACUUGAUGGCCGCUAUGUUCCCGCAAGUAUUGAUCGCGGGUCAGCAACAGAUACAUCAGCACUUGCAACAGCGCGACGAAGACGAAGAUUUUUACGAGUACCAGCAACAGGCGUACCAGCAGCAGCAGCAACAGCAACAUGCCAAGUUCGAACACAUCGUGCUCAAGCAGGAGCCGCAAGUGUACACCGACGAGUACUUCCACCAGGACCACCAGCAGCAAUUGUCCGUGCAGCUCCAGCAGCAACAGGAGCAACACUGCUCCAGUCCCGGCAGCUCGGCUGGCGGUUACGACGAGGAAGUAGUGGUGGCCGCUGCCGCCGCCGCUAAAGGUGAACUGCUUGACCUGCACUUGGCCCGGUCCGACGGCGGCGCGGGACCCGGACAGCAGGAGAAUCCCUUUGCGCAUCUCGUGGCCUCGCUGCACAGUGACUCGGGUAGCGCUUCACCGUUGCAGGGCCAUUUGCACGACGACCAACAACAGGGCUGCGGUUCGCCCACCAUCGUGUGCCAGCAGCCGCACGUGGCCGACCACUCGUAUACGCCGUCGUCCGCGACCGCCGAACAGCAAAUCCCGCAACACUUGUCGUCGCAAAACCAUCACGGCGUCUACCACAGCAGUUCCAACGUCAUUCACCACAACAGUUCCAACAUCUCUGGCUCGACCAUGUACCAGAGGAGUAACGGCGGUGGCCUACAGUAUUCGGCUUCCAUGCCACAUUACUUCACGUCCUCGCCUGAGCUCAACCAACAGCAGACCAACAACAUCAUCACGUCCGUGGCCGGCAAUCAAAUGUGGUCUACAGUAGUGUCCGAAGACGGUACUGGAGGAUAUUCUCCGACUUCGACAAGCAAACAGCAGCAGUCCAAUCACAACGGUGGUGGCCUGCCAGCUUUCACUCAGCGUUUCGGCACGUCGUCAACAUCCGCGUACACGGCCUCCGGUUCGUCCCGGUCAGCCCCCUCGUCGUACCACCCGAUUGCCACGUCCGGCGUGACCCCCUAUCACCUGACCACCACGGCCGUCAACAACGGUGGCCCGGCGGACACCUCGUCGCUCCAGUGGGCGGCCGCCGCAGUGGCCGGAUCGCACGGUUACUCGAACACCGACGGCACCAUAAACUACGCUCCGAUGCCGAUCAACCAGUCGGGCAGGAGCCGAUCAAACGCAUUCUCGGCCGCCGCUUCACUGUCAGCCCUCGACGAGAUGGAAAUGUUUUGCGGGGGUCGCGAGUGCGUGAAUUGCGGAGCGGUUUCCACACCAUUGUGGAGGCGUGACGGCACCGGUCAUUACUUGUGCAACGCGUGUGGACUUUACAACAAGAUGAACGGCAUGAACAGGCCUUUAGUAAAACAACCCAAACGGCUGCAAAAUGCAUCUAGGCGUCAAGGAUUGCAGUGCACAAACUGUCAAACGGCCACCACGUCGUUGUGGCGCAGAAAUCAAGUGGGCGAGCCUGUGUGUAACGCAUGUGGUCUGUACUUUAAGUUACACGGUGUGAAGAGACCACUUACAAUGAAAAAGGAUUCUAUCCAGACACGGAAGCGCAAGCCCAAAGGUGGAUCCAAAAUAGAACCGGAACCUAAGAGAAUCAAACAAGAAAUACCAUCUGAACAUAACUAUAGUGAUUGUCACCGCACAUCUGGUAGUGUUUUGAAUCAUGGCAGUGCUAGUUCGGGUCUUGCAUAUACCAACUUGUACCAAACAGCCACACAUAUGACACCUGCAUACUAUGACGUCCUUAAGUCAGAGUCAUCGCAAGAGUCUAUCAACAGUCCACAUAUAGUAAGCCUUGCAUCUGCCAACAACAACAAUAACAACAACAACAACAAUAAUAACAUAAACACUGGCAACAAAGAUAGGCCUAGUGUUCUAACCAUGUCAGUUAAUUCCUAAAAAUUAAUAUAUUUCUCCUUGACUAUUCUUUAGUGUUAUCAACCUUGUUUGGUGAUUUCAAUAUUAUUAUAAUAACUAUUUAUCAUUAACGAACAAAUGAAAAAAUUAUUAUGUUUUAUUUAUAUUCUUAUUAUUUACAUUAUUUAACUAAAUACAAUAUUUUAUAAUUUAUAAAACAUACAUUACUGAUUGAAAUGUAGGAAAUUUUCAAAGACAUUAUUUUAGGAGA